AUGGACGAUCCAACAAUUCCUGAAUUAGAGACUCUGUCUCCUCUCCAAGUGGCUGCCUACUGCUGCUUUAUGACUCGAAGAACAAGUCGAUAUCUGGGUUAUCUCAUGAACAUCAAAAUUCCGCGCUAUUUUCGUCGUCCAUUGUACUCUUGCAGGCCGCUUCGAGGACUACACCAAUCCAAAUUGCUUUUUCACGCGCACCUUAAAAGAGAAUGUAUCUCUCUGUCUUUCAUUCACACAAUCACUCCCAGGCUCGUCACAUCCUCCGUCAUCCUCUCGUUCUCGUUUCUCCCUGCGACGGCACGGUUUCUUACAUGGAUUCCGUUCCUCAUUCUUGAGUCCUUCUCACAUUUCCAGAACCCCAUCACCACGCCGCACCUCGAAGUCCAUCAAGUCAAAGGCAUUCGUUACAGCAUGUCUACCUUUCUCGGCUCCUCCAUUCCUUAUAAGAACGAGCGAAGCCGUCUCUUCACGGUCACGCUCUAUCUCUCCCCCUCCGACUAUCAUCGCGUUCACUCUCCCGCCUUCUUCGCCAUCCGCUCCCGCGCGCAUUUUCCCGGAAAGCUCCUCCCCGUUAAAAACUUCUUCGCGCAGAACGUCAAGGGGCUCUUCACACUCAACGAGCGCGUCGUUCUGACUGGCAGCUGGCCGCAGGGCUUCUUCUCGCUCGGUCUCGUGGGCGCCUACAACGUCGGAUCUAUUUCGCUCUCCAAUCGCUACGAUCGCGAUCUUCGAACCAACUGCGCGCAUCACACGGCGCCUCGACGCGGAUCGGUCUGUUAUCGGAAGCAUUACCCCGCGGCGGUGGCGUCGGAACCUGGAGAUCCGGUGGGAAUGUUUCAUCUGGGAUCGACGGUGGUGCUGGCGUUCGAGGCGGGAGAAUUCGAGUGGCUGGUGAAGCCAGGAGAGAAGGUGAAGAUGGGCCAACCGCUGGGAUAUGUGCGGUGGACGAAAGAAGUGGAGGAAUUAAUUGGGGAUUAUGAAAAUGGGUGUUGA